AUUCAUCGGUCUGCUUCCUUUCUUCCUCUUGACGCGGUAUUACCUCCCCUCCCACGACUUUGCUUUCUCCUUAUCCCACUCUCUACUCGCUCUCUUUCUCUUCUCUCUAUUUCUCUCUCUCUCUCUCUCUCUCUCUCUGCCUCUUAGUUUUUCCAUCCCAAUCUCACAAACGCAAACAACACAGACACAGAAGUCGGAAGCCUUUUCUUCUGGGGCAAGGCAAAGAAACAGAGGCAUACAGAGGGGACGAGUAUGAUUUUUCGCUCAUGUUGCAGACCGCUGGAACGCUGCUUUCUUGGUUUGCGGGGCUGUGGCCCAGGUGGUGGGGGCGGCGAUGGGCUCCUCUGGCACACGGACCUCAAGCCCCAUGCUUAUGGGGACUACUCCAUCGCGGUAAUACAGGCCAAUUCAAGUCUUGAAGACCAGAGCCAGGUCUUCAGCUCGCCCUCCGCUACCUACGUCGGCGUCUACGACGGCCACGGUGGCCCUGAGGCUUCCAUAUUCGUCAACAAGCGCCUCUUUCCUUAUUUGCACAAAUUUGCUACUGAACAAGGUGGAUUAUCGGUGGAUGUAAUAAAGAAGGCAUUCCACGCCACCGAGGAGGAUUUUUUGCAUUUGGUAAAGCGAGCAUUGCCAGCACGGCCACAAAUUGCUUCGGUAGGGUCAUGCUGUCUUGUUGGUGCAAUUACAAACGAUGAAUUGUAUGUUGCAAAUCUUGGGGACUCUAGAGCAGUUCUUGGCCGGAGAGGUACGGAGAGUGCCAAGAAUUCGGUUGUGGCGGAACGGUUGUCGAAUGAUCAUAACGUUGCAGUCGAGGAGGUGAGGAAGGAGCUGGAAGCACUUCAUCCUGAUGAUUCACAUAUCGUUGUGCAUUGCCGUGGAGUUUGGAGGAUUAAGGGAAUAAUUCAGGUGUCAAGAUCUAUCGGUGAUGCUUAUCUGAAAAGACCUGAGUUUAACCGAGACCCAAUUUUCCAGCAAUUUGGAAACCCCGUUCCUUUGAAGCGACCAGUAAUGACAGCAGAGCCCUCAAUCCUUUAUAGAAAGCUCAAGUCACAGGAUUUAUUCCUGAUAUUUGCAUCAGAUGGCCUCUGGGAACAGUUGAGUGAUGAAGCAGCAGUAGACAUUGUUUUCAGAAACCCAAGAGCUGGCAUAGCUAAGAGAUUGAUCAGAGCUGCCAUUCAGGAGGCUGCAAAGAAAAAAGAGAUGAGAUAUGGUGACUUGAAGAAAAUUGAAAAGGGAAUAAGGCGUCAUUUUCAUGAUGAUAUUACUGUUAUCGUAAUUUAUCUUGACCGCCAAAGAGGUUCUUCAAACGAUAGGUUUAAGCACAAUACGGUUUGCUGCACCACUGCACCUGUUGACAUCUUCUCCCUGAAUGCAAAUGAGGCAGGAAAUGAUCUGAUUACCCCAGAUUUCUAGAGAAACAAAACAGGUUGACUGACAA